GGUGCAUAAAUAAAGACUAUCAAUUAAAGAAGACUUGAGGCACAUGCAUUGGUGCUCUCUCUCGCUGACGUUCUCCCUUUGAGUAAAGGCCCUCUCUGGACACUACUCGCUUCCUCGCAAAUACACAUCGGAGCUCUCGCCGGCACAUCUGGUGAUGGGAUCUUCCCGGCUGGAGAGACAAGCCAUCCCGGUAUACCAAAUAGUAUAUAGUCUGUAGAAGCGUACGCGUGCGGCCCCAUGAUGAUAGGCAGCCACAUCGAUGGCGGCCAGAAGGUGAAUCAGUUGAGCUUGGCCUACGCGCAGAAGCUGUGGAACGAGUGGGAGCUGCAAUGCAUGGUCCUUGGCAGCUUCGCCUUGCAGGCUUUCCUCCUCUUCGCAGCGCACAUCCGGAAGCGCAACACGUCCACCAUGCUCCGCAUCCUACUUUGGCUCGCGUACCUCAUGGCAGACUACGUCGCCGUCUUCGUCCUCGGCCACCUCACCCUCCAAACAAACGAUCCACGCCACCAGCUAGUGCUCCUGUGGGCACCGGUCCUGCUGCUCCACCUGGGCGGGCAGGACACCAUCACCGCCUUAUCCAUGGAGGACAAUGAACUGUGGAAACGCCACCUCCUGGGCCUCGUCACCCAGGUGGUUCUGGCCGUCUACGUCGUGGCCAAGUCAUGGGGACGCGACAAGCGGCUCCUGGCUCCUGUGGUGCUGAUGUUCGUCUCGGGGACUGUCAAGUAUGCCGAGAGGACAUGGGCGCUCAAGAUGGCCACCGCGGAGGCGAUCAAGGACAGCCGCAUGGGUGAUCUGUACAAGGCGCUGAGGAAAUUCGAAGACCCUAAAGCGAGACAAGCACCACAAACCUCGUCGGAGAUUGCCAAGUACAAUCAAGAGAUUGUUGGCCGGAACAAAUGGUGGCUCCAACAAGAGUACGCCGACCUCGUGCAAGCAGCCGGCGACAGCCUGCCCAACUGCAUCAAUGUCUUGAAUGACAUCCCUGUGGCGCCAUGGGUGUUACCUUCUAUAUUUAACAUGAUUGAGGAAAUAUAUCGGCGCGACAAUGGAGGAUCAACACAAGCAGGCGGAGGAGGAAAGGACUGGUUCUCAUCCAGGGCGUACAAGCUGUGUGAGCUCCAGCUCUCUCUCAUCUACGACCGCCUCUACACAAAGGUCGGCCUUCGGUACAACCAGUCCAGGCCAAUCAUCAGCAUUGGCCUUCAGCUCCUCACACUUGGCACCACUUCAACGGCCCUGGUGCUCUUUGCGACGGCGAGGAAGCAGGGCAGCGUGUACAGCCGUGUGGACAUCGUCGUCUCCUACAUCCUGCUGGCUGGUGCCGUGGCGCUGGAGUUGUUGUCCAUGCUAAUGGUCACCCUGUCCUACCGGUCAUACUGCUUCCUGCGCGACAGAUUCGGGGUGAACAGGUUCACACGAAUGAUAUUCUGUGUGAUCAGGUUCGUGCGACCAUACCACAAGCCACUGUGGUCCAACAAAUGGGCACAAUACAACCUGAUAGCCGGAUGUAUCAAGGAAAAGCAAGCCGGUGUCGUCGCAAGGAUGAUGCGCCGGAUUGGCCUCGCGGGGGACUCCAAGCUCUGCGCCAUCCCCGACGAGACCAAGGAGCUUAUCUGCAACGAGCUGGAUGACCAGGUCCGGUGCGAGCGGUUCAGCCAUGACCGAGGCACGGCAAUCCUAUCGCUGAGAGGGCACCAUGCAAGGUCUGAGCUGUACGAAAGCAUCGACAAGGUGGACUUCCCCAGAAGCGUCCUCACGUGGCACCUCAUCACGGACAUCUGCUUCUUCCUCACCGGCGGCGACGCCGGCCUUGCCAACCGCCACAUGAGGCUCUGCCGGGAGGUCUCCAACUACCUGAUGGACCUUGUCAUGGUGCGGCGCGUGAUGACCAGCAGCGAAGGCCACGUCGCGCACCUCAAGGCCAGGGAGGAGGUGAAGCUGAUGCUCGAGCAUCACAGUGACAAGAAGGUCAAAGUGGACGACGUCGAGGCCGUCAGGAAGAUGCUGGACGCCGGCGUGAGCCAUGCCACCGCCGCGUCCUCAGGGUACGUGCCGUUCGCGCGGAACUCGACGGACACCAUGCGGCCUGUGCUGCCCCGCGCGUGGGCGCUCGCGCAGACGCUGCUCCACCCCGCCGGGAGAUCAUCAGGCGGAGCACAGUGGGAGCUGAUCGCGUCGGUGCUCAUGGAGAUGCUGUUCCACCUCGCCCCCCGGUGCGAGGCCGGGUUCCACGCCAAGAACCUCAGCGCCGGCGGGGAGUACAUCACCCAUGUCAGGUUCCUGCUCCAUAACCGAGGCUUCGGCUGGAACUUCGUCCUUGCGCGCACCUGACGUGCAUUGUUCCCGUUCCGUCUUUCGAAUAAGAGCUUCCAGUUCCACAGCUGAGCCAGCUCCAGCUCCAGCUCCAUCUCACAUCGCACCUGAGCCAGCUUCAGCUCUAAGUCAUGGUUUUGCUAGGUGGUCUGAGCUCCCUGCACUGUUUUUGUUCAUGAUUUUUUUUCGAGAAUGAAUUUGUUCAUGAUUUUCUCAAACUAAUUUAAUUUGGCUGUUGUAUUCUUCCUGUGGUGAAUCCAACAGCUCGCAUGCAGCUUGCGUCUCCUAUGAGA